AUGGUCGGGUUCGGAGCCCCGAGGCGGACGGGCCGCCUCCCCCCUUUCGUCCUGGUGGCCUUGCUGGCGGUGAUCGGCCUCUUGGCCUUUAAUUACUGGAGCGUCUCGUCCCGCCAGGCCGCCCUCCUGGAGGAUGUGUCCGCGCUGCAGGAGCAAGUCCAGCGGACCGAGGUGGCCCGGAGCCGGCUGGAGAAGAGGCACUCCGACCUGAUGGUGCAAGCCGAGAGCGGGAGGAGGCAGCUGGAGCAACGCCUGGGCGAGUUCCAGAAUGUGGAGGACAGGCUGCGGGCCCGGGACGGGGAGGUGCUCCGGUGUGAGGGGGGACAAGGAGAAGCUGCUGGCCAACGUGUCCCAACAGAUGGCAGACAUCAGUCGUUUAAAGGAGCAAUUAAACGAACUACGUCAGGAAUUCCUGCGACAGGAGGAUCAGCUGCACGAGUACAAGAACAAUUACACCUUGCUCCAGAAAUCGCAGAAGGAAGAGAGUCAACAGUGUACCAGACAGCUGGCCGAUCAGAAGCGUGAAUAUGAAGAGAGCAUGAAGAAGCUGCAGCCGCCGAGCACAGAUAAGGAGGUGCCACCCAAAACUGAACUUGGGGAAGCGGAAGGUGGGUCUGAUAAGGUGAACCCCGCAGACACGGAAGUGAAAGACAUACGUGUAGAAGACCCCAGUAACCGUGUGCAUUAUGAUAAAGAGGCUGCAAAGGUUGGUGGUGUUGGAGGCGGCGGUGAUGCAGGAAUGCCAGAAAUAGAGGACAGUGAGCCGGCCAAACCAAACCUUGUCCCAACCGCUGUGAAGAAGAUGGACAUUGGCGUUCUUCCACAUGACGCCGGGGAGUCUGAGAAGCAGCCUUCCUCGCAGCCGGAUUCCAUCACGAAUGCACAAGUGAAAUACCUUCCUCCUGGUGCCAAUAGGGAGCCGGAUCCUCCAUUAGAAGACAACGCCCUGCACUUGGGUCAGAUACCUGGGAAAUCGAUCCCCAAGGAGCCCAAGUCUAUGAUCUUUCCAAACUUAAAGCAAAGUCGGUUUUUUGACGAGAAUGAGUCCCCUGUAGAUCCUCAACAUGGUUCUAAAGUGGCAGAUUAUAACGGGGAUGAUGGGAACGUGGGUGAGUACGAGGCAGACAAGCAGGCAGAGCUGGCUUACAAUGAGGAAGAGGAUGGUGAUGGGGGAGAAGAAGAUGUACAAGAUGAUGAAAAUGACGGACAAGGGGACGCCGUGGAAUAUAGAAAAGACCAUUUCGGUGAGACCCUGUAA